GUCGUGCUGCAAAGGGAGGGGGAUCAUUGGACUGCUGUUUCUUGUUUCUUUUUACGAAACAUUUCGCUCCAAAGAAGUUUGUGACUAUCUGCUGGUCAGCCGAGGGGGUUUCAUCCAAUCGACUGCCUUAUACCUUUCCCGCCCCAUCAUUUGGGCCAGGGCUCUCUUCACUCGUCAGGAAAGCAACUGAUACAAAACAUCAUCCCAUUUACCACCUGAUCGCCUCUCAUCAUGGCUGAAGACGUCCAACGGGCACAGCAGUACCAGUACACUGCCAACAGUAAUCUGGUUCUCCAAGCAGACAGGUCUGCUCUGCCCCGCCGUGAUCAGGAGCCAUCUGGAGAACCCGAAACGCUAUGGGGACGAGUCGAUAUCCGAAAGAUGGGAGAUCGUGCCCAGCGAAGUAUUCAGGAGCAAAAAGAAAAGGUGGAAAAGCGACGCCGCGAAAAAGCGGAGAAGAUGAAAAGGAGUGGUGCAGAGCGGGCCAGCAAGCGAGCAAAGCGUGAGAAAGAUUUGAAGGGGUUUGGUCAUGGAAGUAUUUUGGCUGCGACUGAGGAUUUUGAGGGAGAAGUGUACCGUCCGCGAACAAAGGAAACUCGGCAAACAUUUGAAUUGAUGUUGUCAUUUUUCCAGCAAAUUUUGGGCGAUAUUCCGCAAGAUGUCUUGAGGGGUGCUGCCAACGAAGCACUGUCGGUGUUAAAGGAUGACACGAAGAAGGAUUUUGACAAGAAGAAGGAGAUCGAGGAGCUUGUGGGGGUGCAAGUCUCCUCGGACAAAUUCGCCCAACUUGUCAACUUGGGCAAGCGCAUCACAGAUUUCCGCCCAGGAGAAGAAGAAGGGCAGGAUGGAGAAGGUGGCGCUGGGAGGGAAGGUCUUGACGAAGACUAUGGCGUGGCAGUUGUUUUCGAUGAGGAGGAGGAUGAAGAGGAGGGUAGUGAUGAUGAAUUUGAGGUGAAGGAGGAUGAGGACUCGGAGGAUGAAGGACAAGAAGCCGAAACGGACAAUGUGUUGAAGGCGGUGGGAGCUGAUGACGAAGACGAUGAGGGUGAAGACGUGGAUGAAUUUACAGACGUGAUCCCUGCUGGACGAGGAAAGAGGGGGACAGCUGAUCCGUUCGCUGCUGGAGCAGGUGCACCCGUCGUCAAGCCCCACGAUAUCGAUGCUUUCUGGCUUCAGCGUACUAUCGCCGCACAAUAUCCCGAUGCUCAUACAGCACAAUCGAAAACUGCUUCGGCAUUUGAAAUCUUAUCAUCGACUGCUAACGUCAGAGAUUGUGAAAACGAGUUGAUGGGACUUUUCGAUUACGAUAAAUUUGACCUUGUGAAGCUUUUGACCCGUAACAGAGACAUCAUUGUGUGGUGUACAAGACUUGCAAAGGCAGGGUCAUCGGAAGAGCGUGAGAAGAUUGAGGCUGGGAUGCAGGAGCAAGGAUAUCAUCACAUUCUCGACCAGCUUCGCGUGGCUCCGACGCGCAAGGACGUCGACAAAAAUCGUCGUGGUGUCGUUGAGAUGGAUAUCGACGAGAAACAGCCGGUUACGGGUGGUCCUAUUCAGUUCGAUCUAAAGAAACCUGCACCAGCAGCUGCUGUCGUUACACCGAAAGCGAAUAUUGACCUCGAUUCCUUGGCCUUCCAGCAGGGUGGGCACUUGAUGUCAAACAAAAAGUGCACACUUCCGCAAGGAACGUUCAAGCGGGACAAGAAAGGGUACCAAGAGGUGCACGUACCAGCUCCAAAGGCGACGCCUAUGAGAGAGGACGAAACUCUGGUACCGAUCAGUGAUCUUCCUGAGUGGGCACAGGGCGGUUUUGCUGGCGCAAAAUCGCUCAACAGGAUUCAGAGUCGCAUUUACCCUACUGCUUUCAAUUCCGAUGACAACAUGCUUAUUUGCGCCCCGACCGGGGCCGGCAAGACUAACUGUGCCAUGCUUGCCAUUCUACGCGAGGUGGGCAAAUACAGGAACGAGGCGACAGGGCAAAUCGCGUUGGAUGCCUUCAAGAUUAUCUACAUUGCCCCCAUGAAGGCCCUGGUGGCGGAAAUGGUUGGCAACUUCUCGAGUCGUCUCAACAAAUUUGGUAUUACGGUUGCGGAAUUGACGGGUGAUCGACAGCUCACCAAGCAACAGAUUGCUGAGACGCAGAUCAUUGUGACCACCCCCGAAAAGUGGGAUAUCACCACCCGGAAGGCUACCGAUCGGUCAUACACCAAGCUCGUGCGUCUUCUCAUCAUAGACGAAAUCCAUCUCCUUCACGAUGAACGUGGUCCAGUUCUCGAGAGCAUCAUUAGCAGGACCAUCCGCCAGAUUCAACAAACACAAGAGAUGGUCCGCCUUGUUGGUCUUAGUGCCACCCUUCCAAAUUACCAGGAUGUCGCCAACUUCAUGCGCGUUGAUCAGGAAAAAGGCUUGUUCUUUUUUGACAAUAGCUUCCGGCCGGCUCCGCUCAAACAGCAAUACAUUGGUAUCACUGAAAAGAAGGCCAUCAAGCGGUUUCAACUCAUGAACGAAAUCGCAUAUGAAAAGAUCAUGGAGGAGGCCGGAAAGAAUCAAGUACUCGUCUUCUGCCAUUCCCGGAAAGAAACAGCCAAGACUGCAAAGGCCAUUCGGGACAUGGCGAUUGAGAAAGAUACCAUUGGCCAGAUCCUUCGAUUGGAUGCGGCCAGUCGGGAGAUUUUGCAGACUGAAGCUGCUACCGUCAAGAAUGCCGAUUUGCAGGACGUUCUUCCGUACGGUUUUGCUAUCCAUCACGCUGGUAUGUCGCGUGCCGAUCGUACCCUCGUGGAAGACCUGUUCGGAGAUGGUCACAUUCAAGUACUGGUCUCCACCGCGACCUUGGCUUGGGGUGUCAAUUUGCCUGCCCACACGGUCAUCAUUAAGGGCACACAGGUGUACAAUCCAGAGAAGGGUCGCUGGGUCGAACUCAGCCCUCAGGACGUGUUGCAAAUGCUGGGACGUGCCGGUCGGCCUCAAUUUGAUACCAAUGGUGAAGGUAUCAUUAUUACAACGCACAGCGAAUUGCAGUAUUACCUGUCGUUGCUCAAUCAACAGUUACCCAUCGAGUCCCAGUAUAUAAGCAAGUUGGCGGACAAUUUGAAUGCGGAGAUAGUGCUGGGCACAGUUCGCAAUCGGGAUGAAGCUGUCCAGUGGUUGGGAUAUACCUACCUCUACGUUCGGAUGUUGCGUAAUGGCGCCUUGUACGGCGUAGGCCCAGAUGAAUUAGAAGAAGAUCCGUACCUGGUCCAGAAACGCGUGGAUCUGAUCCAUAGUGCGGCAACCGUGCUGGACAAAUGCAAUCUGAUCAAGUACGAUAAGAAAACGGGCAAGUUUCAGGUUACCGAACUGGGACGCAUUGCCUCGCAUUACUAUAUCAGCCAUCACUCUAUGGCCACCUACAACCAGCAUCUAAAACCGACGAUGACAUUAGUGGAUCUGUUCAGGGCUUUCGCUCUGUCUAAUGAGUUCAAGUACAUCCCGGUGCGAGAAGAAGAAAAACUCGAGUUGGCCAAAAUGCUAGAACGUGUACCAAUUCCUGUCAAGGAAAGUAUUGAAGAGCCAACGGCCAAAAUCAACACUCUCCUCCAAGCCUAUAUAUCACAACUCAAGUUGGAAGGAUUCGCACUGAUGAGCGACAUGGUAUACGUCACUCAAAGUGCUGGGCGUAUCUUGCGGGCCAUCUUUGAGAUAUGCUUGAAGCGUGGAUGGGCGCAGCUCUCCCGAAAAGCUCUUGAUUUGUGCAAGAUGGUUGAUAAGAGGAUGUGGCUGUCCAUGAGUCCUUUGCGACAGGUGCGAGGAUUUCCUCCGGACGUGAUCAAGCGGCUCGAGAGGAAAGAGUUCCCUUGGGAACGGUAUUAUGAUCUGAACCCGCAGGAGCUGGGUGAAUUGGCUGGAAUUCCGAAAGCUGGCAAACUGAUCCAUAAAGCUGUGCACCAGUUUCCGAAACUGGAGCUCCAGGCGCAUGUGCAACCCAUUACGCGAUCGAUGCUUCGUCUUGAGUUAACAAUUACGCCUGAUUUCCAGUUUGAUGAGAAGAUCUCCAAUGGUGGAGCCGAAGCCUUCUGGGUGUUGGUCGAGGAUGUGGAUAGCGAGAUGAUACUCUAUCACGACAUUUUUGUCCUCAAACAACGCUAUGCUGAAGAAGAUCAUCAUGUGACGUUCACCGUACCUUUGUAUGAACCACUGCCGCCAAAUUAUUAUGUGAGCAUUGUCAGCGAUCGGUGGUUGCAUUGCGAGACGAGGUUGCCCGUUUCUUUCAAGCACUUGAUUCUCCCCGAAAAAUAUCCCCCUCACACGGAGUUGUUGGAUCUCCAACCGCUACCAGUUUCUGCGUUGAAGAAUCGGGAAUUUGAAGCCAUCUAUCAGGAUUACCGACAUUUCAACCCAAUCCAAACACAAGUGUUCAACACAUUGUACCAGACGGAUGAUAACGUUUUUAUUGGUGCGCCAACUGGUUCAGGCAAGACCAUAUGCGUAGAAUUCGCCUUACUCCGUUUGUGGGCCGUUAAUCCCACGGCCCGGUGCGUGUACAUUGCCCCGUUCGACGAAGUGGUCGAGGUGAAGAUGAGUGAGUGGAAAGCAAAGUUUGGGUCUUUGCUUGGUGGGAAAAAUAUUGUUGCUCUUACUGGCGAAACAACAGCGGAUUUGAAACUCCUCGAGACAGGGGACAUUGUCUUUGCAACUCCGCAAAAGUGGGAUAUGCUUUCUCGACGAUGGAAGCAACGUAAGAAUGUGCAGACAGUUGGGUUGUUUAUUGCGGACGAGGUCCACUUGAUCGGCGGAGACAUUGGGCCGACUCUGGAGGUGAUCGUCUCCAGGAUGCGGUAUAUUAGCGUACAAACCGAGAACAAGAUUCGGAUUGUAGCUCUGGGCACAUCCUUGGCCAAUGCCAGGGACCUCGGCGAGUGGAUUGGGGCAACCAGCCAGAGUAUUUACAAUUUCAAACCUAACGUCCGACCUGUUCCACUCGAGAUUCAUAUCCAAGGAUACAGCGUUCCUCACUUUGCCUCGAUGAUGGUCGCAAUGACGAAACCCACUUACUUGGCUGUGACGCAGCUUGCGCCUGGCAAACCGUCCAUUGUGUACGUACCGAGUCGUAAACAGGCGAGGCUUACGGCUGUGGACUUACUCACUUUAGCGAUGGCGGAGGGGGAGGAGAAGAAAUUUUUACACUGCUCGGACGAAGAUAUUGCUCCGUACCUGGAUAAAGUUCAGGACAAAGCUCUUGUUCAGACAAUGCAAUAUGGUGUAGCAUUCUUCCACGAAGCGCUCAGUAAGAACGACAAGCGCAUCAUUGAACAUUUGUUUGAUACCGGCGCUGUCCAAGUCGUUGUUGCGAGCAAGGACACUUACUGGGGAAUGAAAAUGCGAAGUCACCUAGUCGUCAUCAUGGGUACGCAGUACUAUGAGGGGAAGGAGCAUCGCUACGCAGAUUUCCCCAUCACAGAUGUAUUGCAAAUGAUGGGACGAGCAACCCGCCCAACUUCUGGGGAAACUGGGCGAUGUGUUCUUAUGUGCCAAAGCGUCAAAAAGGACUUUUACAAAAAGUUCCUGUACGAGGCUCUACCCGUCGAAAGUCACUUAGAUCACUUCUUACAUGAUCAUUUCAACGCCGAGAUUGUGACCAAGACCAUUGAGAACAAGCAAGACGCAGUGGAUUACUUAACCUGGACAUUCUUGUAUCGACGGAUGUCCUUGAAUCCCAAUUACUACAACCUACAAGGUGUGACGCAUCGACAUCUUUCCGAUCAUCUAUCCGAGUUAGUGGAAACAACGUUGGAUGAGCUUGCCACAAGCAAGUGUAUCGCUGUGGAAGAAGACGAUGUAACACCGCUGAAUUUGGGCAUGAUUGCCGCGUACUAUUACAUAAAUUACGUGACCAUCGAAGUCUUCUCCAUGUCUCUCAACCCCAAAACCAAGAUUCGAGGUCUUUUGCAAAUCAUUGCAGCGGCCGCUGAAUUUGAGGACGUCCCGAUCCGGCAUCACGAAGACCAGGUCCUGAAGCGCAUCUACGAACGGCUUCCGGUCAAGGUGGACACUCCCAACUAUAACGAUCCACACUUCAAGACCAAUAUCCUCCUUCAAGCGCACUUUUCGCGUGUGCAACUCCCGCCUGAUCUCGAAAGUGACCAAAAAGCAAUCUUGGCCAAAGUAGUGCGACUCAUCCAAGCGUGUGUCGAUGUCAUCUCGAGCAAUGGGUGGCUGGCACCCUGUCUGGCUGCCAUGGAUCUAUCUCAGAUGGUUGUCCAAGCUGUUUGGGAUCGAGAUUCACCAUUGCGACAGGUACCACAUUUCAAUGCAGAUAUUAUUGCUCGCCUGACCAAGGCGGGUGUAGAAGGAGUCUUUGACAUCAUGGAAAUGGAAGACGAAGAUCGCAACCAGGCUCUCCAACUUGACGGCAAGCGCAUGGCCGAUGUUGCCCGUUUUGUCAACCGUUACCCCAACGUCGAUAUUUCCUAUGAUAUUUCCGACCGCCAAGUCCGACAAGGCGAGGCUGUCACCAUCAAAGUCGUCAUGGAACGUGAAAUGGACGAAGACGAGGCCGAUACGGCGGUAGGACCCGUGAUUGCCCCCUACUAUCCCACCAAGAAGGAUGAAGGCUGGUGGGUCGUUGUCGGAGACGCUCAGGACAAGACUCUCCUCGCCAUCAAGCGAACGACCCUCCAGAAGCGUGGGCAAGUCAAGCUGGACUUUGUGGCGCCCGAAAACAAGUUGGGCAAACUAGAGUGUCGCUUAUAUUUCAUGUGUGAUGCGUAUGUGGGGGUAGAUCAGGAGUAUGAGUUUGAGCUGGAGGUCUUGGAAGGUAACGGCGGUGACGAAAGUGGUUCUGGGAGUGAUAUGGAAGAAUAAGUACCUGUCUUUAACAGACAGUGGAGGUGCAGAGAUGACGGAGAUCCCUUUUUUAUUUUUUGUAUGUACUGUGCUGAAUGAGAAAUAGUAUUCUGGUUUGAUGGUAUGAGGGAA